UAUUAAAAAAAGUAGGCAAUCUUUAAACAUGAAUAUUAGUGACAUUUGGCCUGUACCUGGUCACCGGAGGCAUAAAAGAUAGAUGGUGAUGGGGGAAUGACCGGCGAGGUCCCCCGGAUUCACUACCGUCAUUGCUUACGCACCCUCUAACCGCCGCUAUCCUCCUCCCCACUCUGCUAUUGCUUCCUUAGAUGUUGGAGACCUGAGAUGGAAGAAGAUGAAUAUGCUAAACUUAUCAGAAGGAUGAACCCACCAAGGGUUACAAUUGACAACAGUUCCUCUGCAGAUGCCACUGUUAUUCAGGUUGAGAGUGUUAACAAGCCUGGUAUUCUACUUGAAGUUGUCCAAGUUCUUACUGAUUUGAAUCUAGUUAUCACCAAGGCUUACAUCUCGUCGGACGGAAGAUGGUUCAUGGAUGGUAAAUUUUUCAAUGUGAAACAACGAAACGGAAACAAAGUUAGAGAUGAAGGGGUGAUCAGUUAUAUAAAAAAGGUACUUGAAAGCGAUGCCUUUUAUGUUCCGUCACUGGAAAGUUCAGUUGGGCUAAAGUCUUCUUUAGACUACACAUCAAUUGAACUAGCUGGGGCAGACCGACCCGGGUUACUAUCCGAAGUGUGUGCCGUUCUUGCUGAUCUUAGUUGCAACGUGGUCAGUGCCGAAAUAUGGACCCACAAUGCUCGGGCUGCAGCUGUGGUGAAUGUGACUGAUGAUAUGACGGGAUGUGCAAUUGAAGAUCCAGAUAGACUUUUAACCAUUAAAAACCGCCUUUGCAAUGUUUUUAAGGGAAACAAUGACUUGAAGACUGCGAAAAUGACGCUUUCGCCCCCUGGUUCUAUGCACCGAGAGAGAAGAUUACACCAGAUCAUGUUUGCUGAUAGGGAUUAUGAAAAGGUUGAACACGAAGACGUUACUGGAUUGAAGGCAGAGGUUAGUGUGUUAGAUUGUGUCGAGAAAGAUUACACAGUAAUUACCAUGAGAUGUAAGGAUCGGCCGAAACUGUUAUUUGAUACGGUCUGCACCAUUACCGACAUGCAAUAUGUGGUUUAUCAUGGAGUAGUACAUACCGGGAAGAUGGAAGCUUAUCAGGAAUAUUAUAUUCGACAUGUUGAUGGAAUUCGUAUCAGCUCAGAAGCAGAACGCAAGCGGGUCAUGAAGUGUCUUGAAGCAGCCAUCGAACGAAGAACAUCUGAGGCGCUAGAGCUAGAAUUGUGUGCGGAAGAUCAGGUCGGGCUAUUGUCUGAAAUAACCAGGAUAUUCAGGGAGAAUAGUUUGUGCAUAAAGAGAGCAGAGAUAUCAACUGAAAACGGGAGAGCAAAAGACACAUUUUAUGUGACGAAUACGACCGGUGAUGGCCCAGUGGACCCCAGGACUAUCGAUUCAAUUCGUAAGCAAAUCGGGAAACACACCGCACUCGAUGCUAGAUGGAACUUGAGCCCACAAAAGCCGACACGUGAAGAAACAACAAUGAGCUAUCUCUUUGGACAUUUCUUCAAAUUUCCAAUUGGUUAGAUCAUACUCCUAAUGCCAUCAUCAUUAUCCUGAUUUGUAUAUAGUUGAAUGAACUUGGAUACGAACGUUGUAAAUAUCUAGAAAUAAAAGUAUAGCUUAUAGGUGGUAGUUAUGCUGAAAAACUUGUAGAUUUAAGCAAGAUACAAGGGGAUACAGAACCUUGUGGAUAUCAUCAGUCAGCAGUAGACAAUAAGAUUCUCAACACAGUACAGAGCUUGAUGUUUAGAAUGAACUAUGAUGGAUUCUGGUUCAUAAGUUGUAAUUUAUAUCCUUGGACUACUGAACUCCAUUUCAGUACACAAUGUAUGUAUGUCAUAUUAAUCAAUUAUUGUAGGUUAUAUGGUA